UCAAAGCCAUAGUUUCUUGUGGUUGUUUCUGUUGCAAGUUAAAUAACGUGGUUUUGUUGCGUUAAUGAGUUUAACUGAAAUUUUCGUUUUUCCUUGUAGGAAAUAGCAGAGUUAGAAAGACUGGAGUGCUUGAGACACCUUGUUGAACUGUCUGUUAUCAACAAUGCGGUGACUCGGCGACUUCUUCACAGACCUCUGCUGGUUUACCGUAUGCCCAACCUUUUGUGUAUUGAUGGGAUCCCUGUGUCAAAUGACGAAAAGACCAAGGCUGAACUGUACUAUCUUGAACAACAGAGUGGAAUGCAAAGUAUGACGUCAGCACUGGAGCCUAGUCUCCCAGGAAUCGUCACAACACGUUCGCAGGCCCCGCUUCGAGUAACCACAGUCCAGCUGAGUAACACCACAGACCGUAAUUUAGCCAGCACUGGGCUCAGACAAGACUUCCCUAAUGGUCCUUUACUGAGGACGUUUGAACAACAGCAAGACAAAGCGCGUCGUCGCGGGGGAAACGCGCGUGGAACCUCGAGUCACUCGCUACAAACCCUGUCGACGUCCGACUCCUCCCACAGCCUGUCAGGAGACAGGUAUGGACGUACUUCCAGUAGCCUUAAUCCUCAACAGUCGGGCCUUAUCAGCAGGCAGCCCCAGACCUCCUCGUCCGUGCCCUACAUAGCGCACGGGUCUUACUCACCUUAUAACAUGAACGGCGACGUCACUGAUAUCAGCAGGACCAAAAGUAAUCGAUUCAAGUAGAGGGCAAAUGAGGAAUCACCUCUCGUCAACACCUGCCGUGGUCACGUGGCCCAAGAGACGAAGAGUUCUGACUAAGGACGCAUACACCGCAAAUGGAAGCCAAAAGAAGUUUGGUCUCCACAACUCAAAGUGCAUAAAAAAA